UGUUGCGGCGGGAAAGUGACGUCAGUGUAUUGGUAAUUUUCAAAACGUAACCGAUCCAGAUAAAAAAAAAAAAAAGAGCGUCGUGUCAUUGACCCAUACAUGUGAUCUAGAUUAAUGUGUUGAUUAGACUCGCUGUUUGGCCGUGCGAAUUUGGGUGCACACGUGAGGUAAACAGCAAACUGGCGAUGUCUUGGGAACUAAACACAUUCAUCUCAGUUUUUAUAUUAUCAGCAAUAGCACUUCAUCUCAACUGUCGUACUUUUAGCGCUACGCUUGAGCGGGAAGGCAUUGGUUAUUCCGGAGAAAGCAGUUUCAGUAAAGUGCUGGACAGUUUCAAAAAACCUGGAUUUUCACGACAACUCCAAAGCGGCGCGCUGGAGUUCAAAGAAACGAAUUCGAAUGUCAAGCGCUUUCGUCGCGCCAGUUCAAAACUUCACGUCUCAGCGGAUUUUCCCAAUAGAAAUAAGAAUGAAACGCUACCUCUGCCGUCGAAUAAAUACAUGAAUGAAUUUCGAUCCAACAAGGAUAGUGCAUCUAUAGGUUCUACCACUGAAAACACUGCUCUCACAAGUUUUCACAGAAGAGCUUUUGAAAUCGAAGAUGGAUUUCAAGGCGAUACCUCGGCAUUUGGGGGACCAGCAAUCUCUGGGAAAAUGUAUAGUCCUCAAAGUGGUUCUAGCUCCCCAUCAACAUCUAUGUGGCUGGCAUUACCCAUGGUACACUGUUCCGAAGAGGCAAUGACCUUAACAGCUGCUGGAAAAGAAUACACGCACAUCUUUGUGGAAAGAGGGGAUGGAGCCCCACUGCCUUUAUUCCAGGUACCUGCAUAUUGUGGGUAUUCUGUCAGGGUCACAUGGGAAGAUCUGGUUCUAAUGGCCCCAUAUGAUGGGUGCUACAUCACACAAGAGAAUGGCAAUUAUGGGCUUUCAUUGCUGUGGUGGGGCAGUCCCAUAAAGAUAUCCUGUCCUGUGACACCUGUCAUCUCACAACCAACUCCUUCUGUCUUGUGCUCUCAAUUUGGCAUGGUCAUUGCAAUAGAAGGUGCCCGGGAAGCUGCAGAGAAACACAGGGUUAAAGUGAAUCGGAAAAUACUGCCUCUCCUAUCUGAGACAUGUGCAUAUCGCAUACAUUCUCCUUCUGAGGUUGUUCUACUUCAUACUGUUUUCAGCUCAAGAUGUGUGACUGUUAAGGAUGAAGAAAACUUCCUUGUUGUCAUCUUGGAUGGAAAGCAGUUCACCCUCUCUUGUCCAUUUCCUCACCGCCAGUCUCAGUUUCUUCCUUCCCUUCAUUCUAAUCCAUUCCAUCAACUACUGCGGCCCAGUCAGGAGCAAGUGCCUUUUAUCCCACAUGUUCCUGCUUUCCCAGCAGUCCCUGAAGUCACUCGGAAACCUGCAACACCUAAGCCAGAAACAUCUAAACCUGCUGUGAUCCCUCACCUUCCUUAUGAACAACCUGGAGUACCACAGUUUCACCCUAACAAAUACCCAUAUACUUCUCAUCAUGGCACAGAUCCCAUCCAUCAGAUACCCAGUAUUUAUCAGCACCAGAAACCGCCUGCUCACAUUUAUCCCAUGUAUCCCCUUCAUCAUCUGGCACCUCCUGUUGAUACUCCUAAACCUUCUGUUCAACAACAUCUGUCUCUAUCUGUGGAUCAAAUACAACAAACACAUGAAGAGACGGUACCCCAAUACCCAAUGAUGCCCCCUCCACAAUAUUCACCGUACCCUAUAUCCUGUCCCCCUUAUCCCGAGAGUUUCUGUUCUCAGUAUCCCAUGCUGUACUAUCAUCCCCCACUUGCCAUGACCACUGCUUCGCAAUCAAUGCCAUGGACAUUUCCUCAACCUACAUACAAUCCUCUAAUCCCUCCGUUUAUGCAAGCGACCCUGCUCCCUGUCUUUCCUCCGACUCCUCCUGCACAACCCCCCAAGAAGUCUCCAUCUCUUAAUUGCAUGAGGGAUAAAAUAAUGGCAACUUUGCCCUUAGCAAGAGCGGACUCCAUUAAAGUCAAAGAUGUGAAGACAAAUACCUGGAUCUCCAUUCCAUCUGUCCCAGCCGCCUGUAACUACACACUCCACUCCAGAGGUGGCAGUGUUGUGCUCUCUUCACCACUGCCUUCCUGCCACACACAAAAAAUGUCCUCCACAGUGAUCUCUCUAUAUGUCAGGUUCUGGGAUCUCUCUCAACUGCGAUACCGAACCCUACAGCUUCAGUGUCACUACAUUGGCGAUAUAGACACACAAUCUACAGUUCCUCCUGUUAUAAUCAAACCUUUGCACCAAAUCACUCCUCACCUUACAACCAAACCCAUACCCGCUCGCCCACCCCCUGAAUUUCAGGUGCUGUGUUCUAGCCAACAUAUGAGUGUAAAACUGCCACCUGGACCAACAUCUGGCCUCUUUGUACAAGCCCCUUCCAAUGGGAUAAAAACAGAAGCUGUUCCUAUUUUGGAGGCCCCAAGUCAUUGUGGGUACUCUAUAAAAAGGGGUAAAGAUGGUACCAUGAACAUCCUCCUGCCUUACUCUUCCUGUCACAUGACUCAGAAGGAUGGACUGUACAGAAUUAUAUUAAAAUAUCAGAUACCAAAAGGGCGCACAGUUGAGUCAUUGCUGGAGUGUCAGGCUUUGUUCAGUCAAGAGUGCAACGUUGCACCUGAUCAGCAGUUGGUCUGUGGAUCCGGGGUGUUAUCAUCAUCUGAGUGCCAAGACAGAGGCUGCUGUUAUUCUACAGACACCCGAUCGUGUUAUUACCCCAUGGACGAAUGCACAAUGGAUCGGCAUUUUGUUUUCUCGGUUCAUUCAUCCGCCACUGAUCCGCCCCUGUCCCCCACCAGCCUCGUCACUGCUGGCGACAACUCUUGUACACCCCAAAAAGUAACUGCUGACAUGGCCCUCUUCAAGAUCCCUCUGGAUGAAUGUGGGGUGCACAGAUUUGAGGUGGGUAAAACGGUCGUCUAUAUGGUGGAGAUCCUGAAUAGAGUGCAGCCCCUCAGUCUAAAUUACGGCACCAUCACUAGAGAGUCGCCUGUAAGGCUACUGGUUGAGUGUCGCUAUUUACCCGGAUCAGUGGUAAGUGUGGGUUAUCUGGUGAAAAGCCCCUCCCUCGGACCUUCUAUCAAAGCUCAGGGGGUGUUUGGAGUUCAGCUCAGGAUUGCAAAAGAUGAACACUACAAUGAUUAUUACCCACAAUACCACCAGCCUCUGCACAUGCUGCUGGGGAAACCCCUUUACCUGGAAGUGCGUCUGCUAAAUCCUCCAGACCCCACUGCUAUGCUGCUGGUGCAUUACUGUGUUGCAUACCCACGCUCUGCAAAAUCUGCCUGGAUCCUUAUUUAUGAUGGGUGCCCAAAUUUCCUUGACCAGACCCCAACCCACAAGCCUCCUGCUACACCUGCAGAGGCCCUGAUCAAUCAUGUUAGACGAUUCACAAUCACUACAUUCCAGUUCCUGUCUGAAGAAGCCAAUCUGCAGACAGACGAGGAGAUUUAUUUUAUGUGUUCAACUGAGGUUUGUCUGCCAUCAGAUGGUCCAUGUGUUGAGGGCUGCUUUGCAGAUCCCAUUAAUGUGAAGUCCUGAGAGAAGGCGGCUGAGCUGGAUAAAGCCCAACUAAUAAUCAUCGUUCUUUUUGUUUGACAGAUGUACAGUCUUAAUAGCAAUUGCAAAACAAUAAAGCUUUGAAAGUCAUUUACUUGUUAUGAAGUUUUAAAAUGGCGUUCGAA